CCGCCAGGCGCGCAACUAAGCCCCGCUUUCUCGGCCAGCCAGUUCGGGUCCUGCGCGGGCUGCUCUUCGCACGCCCGGACGCCGCAGGGAUGGAUGUUUCCAAAGCCACCAAAUUUUUUGUCUCGACCGGACGUCGGAUCCUCACCAUUGGCUUUGCCUUGCUCAUAUUAUCAAUUCUGGCCUGGGCCUACAUUACGGGCAUCCAGCUGGUCUCUGACCAGUACCACAUCAUGGCCUUUGGUCUCUACGGAGCCUUCCUCACCUUCCACCUCAUCAUCCAAAGCUUCUUUGCUUUCCUGGAGCACAAGAGGAUGCGGAGAGACUCACUCUCCUGCAGCUAUACCAAGACUGUGGCCCUCACCAUCUCCGCUUACCAGGAGGACCCAGCCUACCUCCGCGAGUGCCUUCAAUCUGUCAAGGCAACCCUGUAUCCCCCAGAUAAACUCCGGAUCAUCAUGGUAGUAGAUGGGAACAGCAGUGAGGACCGAUACAUGAUGGAUAUGUUCCAAGAUGUCUUUGCUGGAGAAGAUGUGGGCACUUUUAUUUGGGAGAACAACUACCACCAUCAACCUCAGUUGGAUAUGGAGAAAAGGGACAGUGGUUACCAGACUGGGGAUGAGCCCUCUGACUACACUGAGAUUGAUAUGGAAGACCCUGGGCAACUUGUGGUGGAAGAAUUGAUCCGCACCAAGCGUUGUGUCUGCAUCAUGCAAAAAUGGGGUGGGAAACGAGAAGUCAUGUACACAGCUUUCAAGGCCCUUGGGAAUUCAGUGGACUAUGUUCAGGUAUGUGACUCCGACACCAAGUUGGAACCGGAAGCAACGGUAGAACUGGUGAAGGUGCUGGAGUCAAACGAAAGCUAUGGGGCGGUUGGUGGAGAUGUGAGGAUCCUCAACCUGUCCGAUUCCUACAUCAGCUUCAUGAGCAGCCUGCGCUACUGGAUGGCUUUCAACAUCGAGCGGGCCUGCCAGUCCUAUUUCAACUGCGUCUCCUGCAUCAGUGGUCCCUUAGGUCUAUAUCGGAAUGACCUCCUACAGCAGUUUCUGGAGUCCUGGUACAAUCAGAAGUUCCUCGGUACACACUGCACCUUUGGGGAUGAUAGACACCUCACCAACAGGAUGUUGAGCAUUGGCUACGCCACCAAAUACACAGCUCGUUCCCGCUGCUACUCGGAGACCCCAUCCUUGUUCCUACGUUGGCUGGCUCAACAAACUCGUUGGACCAAGUCCUACUUCCGGGAAUGGCUCUACAAUGCCCUCUGGUGGCACCGUCAUCACCUCUGGAUGACUUACGAGUCCGUGGUCUCCGGCAUCUUCCCUUUCUUCGUCACAGCCACUGUCCUACGGCUUUUCUACGGGGGGAACCUGUGGGACGUGCUGUGGGUGUUGCUCUGCGUCCAGCUGGUGGCCUGCGUGAAGGCCCUUUACGCUUGCUGGCUGAGGAGUAACCCGGUCAUGCUCUUCAUGUCCCUUUACGCCGUCCUCUACAUGGGAGGCCUCCUUCCAGCCAAGUACUUCGCCAUCUUGACCAUGAACAAGAGCAGCUGGGGCACCUCAGGAAGGAAGAAAAUGGUGGGCAACUACAUGCCUCUGUUGCCUGUUUCCAUCUGGGGUCUGCUUCUGUUGGGCGGCUUGAUCUACACCAUCUACCAAGAGGCCUUGGCUGACUGGACAACAGAGGCCAAACAAACGGAGAUCUUGUACUUGCUGGCUGGUUUGGCCAUCUACUUGGGCUAUUGGACAUUCAUGGUCCUGCUUUACUGGGUAUGGAUUCAGAAGUGCUGCCGGAAGCGAAUGGACUUCUACAGCCUGGAAGUGUGAGCAGGAAAGAGGGCGAAGAUCUCCAGAAAUCUAGAUUCUCCUCUAAGCUGUCGGAGUACGGAGCAGCUUAACUGAAGGAUUUCCAGGGUCAGAACUAGGAGUUUCUAAUUCAAGGGGAAAAUCCAUCUUUUAAAGGUGUCUCUUGUUCGGCUGAAGCUUAGACUCCUGUUCUCUUCUUGAAUCCAGAGUUAAGCCGAAUGAUGGUACAGGAGCUGUGAGGGGGUCUGUGUGUUUGUGUAUGUGUGUUUCUCAGGGAGGAUAUUUAUUUUAUCCAACAAAACCAUGAGAGGGAUAACUUGCUGUCCUCUCUGUCCUCCUGUCCUGAGGAAUGUUUCCCGAUCUGAAAUUUAUUUAUUACUGCUAAGUCUUCUCAUUUCAGGAGUACUUAUAGUACCCAGGUACUCUUUUGACUCGCAGCCCACCUCUUGCGUAGAGCCAUGGGGUGACGCCACCACACAGGGGUGUGGACUGCAUAGGGACUUACUGAAUUGCACUGAAAUGCUGAUGCCACGGCCGUUGAAUGCAAAGAUGGGGAUGUUGUGUCCAUUGCUCAUCAGUUGAGGUUCUUCUGAAGUUCUGCAGGAGAGAAGAUCUUGCUGAGAAAAACGGGUGAGUGGUGGGAGAAACCCUUUCUUUACCAGAGGCUAAGAUCAGCUUUUGGCAUCUAAUGGACGCUACGUAAUUUUAGAACAGUCGCUUGCGGCUUUUUUUUUUAAAAUUGCGAAAAGGAAAAAAAAAACAAUUCGUCUUAGGCUUUGUGGAAGCUUGAUUCCAAAAGAAACACAAAACGUUUACAGUUGUGUGACAAAAGCUGGAAAACUUCUGCCUUCCUCGAUUCUUUUUCUCCUGGAAAGAUAGUCAAUGGGUGGGUCCAAUUCGCACCCGCUACCUCUAUUUAUUAUUAUUAUUAUUAUUUUGGCCACUCUAUUGUCUCAGUGGAAUUAGAGGGACAUCUUUCUUGCAGGAAAAAAAAAGAAGGAUCUGAAGUUAUUUAUUUGCCAUAUUUUAAUAAUGAAAAGGAAGGCUAUUUAAUAUUUUUUUAAAAAAAGUCGAAUGGUGAUGUAAAAAAAAAA